UUUGUCGUCCAAUGUUGACUACGAAAUUGACCGCAGCCACGGGUGAGUAGAUCGCACUUGCACUUGUAUUCAUGCUCGGCACAUAUGAUUCUAGUUCUCAGCUGCAUGUGCACUAUCAUGGUGUAUAGUCAUUCCUUACGAGUCCGGUACUACUGCUAGUACAUGUUCAAGCAAGUAGUUCAAGCUCGUGACGUGUCCCUUCUCCUGGAGUCCCGUUGAGAUGGUGGAACACAUGACACAACAAUGCAAUGUGCAGCUUGAAAUUCCCUCAAAUCCAUCCAAAACAGCUAUUUUCUGUUUGGUUUCCCAAUCGGCAGGAUAGUUCAUCUAAGGUUAAAGCUCACCAGUCACGAUGUCCACGCAGUUUUGUUAUCAAUCUCUAUCCACCAGCAGCUCCAUCAGGCUUCUCCGAAUUCGCAAAUUCGUUUCCACCUUACAAUACGACCUCAUCGAGGUCAACCUCGACAAUAACCCCGUUUAUGAUGCGCUGUCCUAUACCUGGCAUCUGGGGAAAAAAUCAAGUGCGACAUCCGGAGUUGAUUCAGAGUUUGGAGGGUCUAUCAACUGCAAUGGGAUGAAGCUCAACGUAACUGCCAACCUUCGAGAUGGCUUACUUCGUUUGGAGCAGCUUCGCCAGGAAACGCUCAUCUGGAUCGAUGCGAUUUGCAUUAAUCAACAGGAUCUGCAAGAACGCAGCGCCCAGGUCAACAUGAUGGGCCGCAUCUUUCGCUCUGCACGUACGGUGGUAGUCUGGCUUGGAGAGCCACCAGGAGACUACGCAGAUACCAUUCGAUUCAUGGAGCGGCUGCCCUGUAUUAGGGAGCAGCAGUCUGAAAGUGUGUCAGACUAUGAGGAUGCUGCUGUCGCUACACUGCGUGAGAUGACCCCUCCCGCCUCCAGAAGUGACUGGCUUUCCAUCGGUGAUUUCUUUAUCCAAACAUGGUUCCAACGAUGUUGGAUCAUCCAAGAAACUGUUCUCGCCAGUACCAUUGAGGUCUAUAGUGGACCAACCCGUAUCCCCUGGGGUCUGCUGCAAAAUGCUGCGCGGCUCUUUGACGUGGUCCGCCGCUGGACCUUUUACUUCAAAUCGUCGCGAGGAAAAUCCACCAUUAUCAUCGGUUCAAUCCCCAUGAUACUACUUGCGCGGGAGCACUGUCACCGCGGCAAGCUCUGGCAGCUUGAGACCCACCUUGCCCUGAGUCGCACCUACCAAGUUACCGACCAGCGUGACAAGAUCUUUGCCCUAUUUGGCAUAUCGGAUAGGUCGUCAUUGGAAUCCCCAAUGGUGGAACUCAGCGUGUUCAAUGUGGAUUACACUAAAUCUGUUGAACAAGUCUAUACUGAGUGCAGUGCACACUUGAUCGAGGGUCGGGCAGGGUACUCUGUCCUCUCUAUGGUGGAAGCCCGCUCAUAUCCUCCACCUCGUCCCAUCCCCUCGUGGGUGCCGGAUUUUAGCGUUCCACCGAGCCCCCCACCACUCGCAAUCCGUGGACAGUGCCCUUUUUCUGCAGGUGUAUUCACCAGCACUCUACCUACCCGACCCACUAUCUCCCCUAAUAAAAAAGAGUUAUACCUCCCUGCGGCCACACGACUGGGCCGCAUUUUCCGUACGUCGGAGACAGGGGAAGAGAUAUGUUCCCUUGAGCGCAUGACACGUUUCUUCCGCUUGCUCGCUGAUCCAGCUCUACGUCUCACCAAAUCUGCGACCCCAGCAGCAUCAGAGGCACUAUGGCGCAUCCUCAUUGCUGACCUCGCUGAUCAGCAGCACCCCGCGCCUGCCCGCCUUGGCACUUCAUUUAACCAAUGGAUCACCUACCUCAUUGUCCGCGCUCUUGACACUGCUUCCCGCGCUUCCGCCCACGCUGCUGAUCAUUUCCCUGACGGAGAAUCUCCACCUGAACCUACCCUCACAUCCGAUGCCGUGCGCGAUUUUUUAUUGUCCGCGGAUUACACUAUAGGCAUACGGUCUGCUCCGUCGGAAUACCGCCACUCCGACGUCCAUGCUGCAGUGGUUGACUUCAUAGCAGCAUGGGAUGGUACAAUGCCUUUACGGGAGCUGCUGGACGCGACGAGGGUGGCUGUGGCGGCAGGAGAUAAGGCCCGACUGGAGGCGACGCACAGUUUUGCGGGAGCGUUCUCGUGGAUGUGUUCUGCGAGGCGAGUGUUCAGCACAGAGGAGGGAGAUCUUGGGAUUGCACAUCAAGGUGCGAGGGUUGGCGAUGAGGUGGUGGUAGUGCCAGGAGCAGCGGUGCCGUUUGUGGUGAGGGAGGUUGAGGGCGGGGCGUAUGCCUUGAUUGGGGAGGCAUUCGUACAUGGAAUCAUGCGCGGGGAGGCGCUGGAGGGGAAGGAUCCAUUGGCCUUGGAGGGUCUGCGCUUGGUGUGAGGACUGACCUUUGCAUUGUAGCAUCUAAUUAUGACAGAUAUCAAGAAAUCAGUGCAUGUAUUACUAGAGGCUAAGGUCGUGCUGAAUAGUCUGCACAUAGGUUUGUUGAUACCCCACAAGUUGGGAUAUGUGAACUCACCGCUCAGAGAUGGUAGCUAGCGGGCCGUCCCUACGAGCAUAUUCAAAUUGUAGCCCUGAGAAACCAAGAUUGGUACCUUGCUCCCCGAUCAUGAAGCUGAAGCCACAUAAAGAUGUAA